AUGUUUAAUUACUCUCUAGAUUUCUCGGAAAUUCAAGAUGAGUCUGAAUAUAUCCUUGAUCAAUCUAAAGCUACCCUUAGUCAAUCAAUCUAUCAUUUUUGCAAUGUUUUGAUGGGCAUCGGAAUCCUUUCAUUACCUCUCGCAUUUAAAUAUACAGGAUGGAUUAUUGGGCUAUCAUUAUUAUUUUUCUGCAUGGUAGUUACAAAUUACACUGCAAAAUUAUUAAUAAUAUGUUUAAAGUAUAAAGAAGGACUUUAUACAUAUCCUGACAUAGCUGCGAUAGCAUACGGAGAAAUUGCAAGAUUUAUUAUAUUUGCUUUAUUCGCAUUAGAACUAGUUGUAAUGGCACUUGCUUCAGUAAACCUAAUUGGUGAUUCUUUAAACAUGAUAUAUCCUGACAUAUCUAUUGUAUCUCUAAAAAUUAUUUCUUGGAUGGUGCUAGUACCAUUAACGUUAAUUGACAUUAAAUAUCUCUCAUAUGUUUCAUUUCUUGGAAUAUUAUCGUCAAUAGUUUUGGUGUUUGCAAUAAUAAUUGAUGGGGUUACAAAACCUGAACAACCUGGAAGUUUACUCAAUCCUGUGGAAACUGAAUUAUUGCCUAUCAAAUGGGCAUCUUUACCUUUGAGCUUUGGAUUAAUGAUGGCGGGAUUUUCAGGACAUGUUACAUUUCCUUCAAUAUAUCUAAAUAUGAAAGAACCUAAUAAAUAUCAGACAGUGGUAAAAGUGUCGUACACCGUUAGUACUGUUGUCUAUAUUCUAAUAGCUGUGUGUGGUUACUUAAUGUUUGGAAAUCAGACAAUGCCAGAA